UCCUACAUUUUCAUCACUACUAAAAACAUUCUUCUUUUUUCCUUAAUAAGUUAGUGAUCUCCACUGCCAAAGCCCAAUGGAGUUUGUAAAGAGUUUCCGUUGGGCUUUGCCAGUUUUCUUGGUAUUAUGUAGUUUAGCAUUGUUUAAUAAUGGCGUCGAAGCAUCCCAUAAGGUCUUCAGGCACUUGCAAUCUUUGCCUGCCGUUAAUGUGAAGCAACAACACAGAACUGGAUAUCAUUUCCAACCCACCAAACGUUGGAUUAAUGAUCCAAAUGGACCGAUGUAUUUCAAUGGAUACUAUCAUCUGUUUUAUCAGUACAAUCCCAAAGGUGCUGUGUGGGGCAAUAUUGUUUGGGCUCAUUCGGUGUCCAAGGACUUGAUUAACUGGAAAAAAGUAGAACAUGCAAUUUACCCAUCAAAGCCAUUUGAUAAGUAUGGUUGUUGGUCAGGCUCAGCCACAGUCCUCCCUGGAAACAAGCCCGUUAUUCUAUACACUGGAAUCGUUGAUGACAAACAAACACAGGUCCAAAACUAUGCUGUUCCAGCCAAUGUAUCAGACCCAUAUCUCCGUGUGUGGAUCAAGCCCGACAACAACCCAUUGAUCGUUGCGGAUAAUGAGGUUAACAAGACAGCAUUCCGUGAUCCAACUACAGCUUGGUUGGGUAAAGAUGGGCAAUGGAGAACUACGAUCGGAGGCAGGAGCUACGACACAGGGAUGUCAUUCUUGUACAAGAGUAAGGAUUUCAUGCACUGGACCAAGGUUAAGCAUCCAUUGCACUCUACUGAUGGGACUGGCAAUUGGGAAUGCCCUGAUUUCUUCCCGGUACAAGUUAAUGGCAAGAAUGGGUUGGACGCUUCUGCUACAGGCCCUAAUGUGAAAUAUGUGUUCAAGGUCAGCCUUGAUGUCACCAGAUAUGAGUAUUACACCAUCGGUACAUACGACACUGAAAAUGAUAAGUACAUUCCUGAUAAAGACAUGGUUGAUGGGUGGAAUGGUUUGAGGUUGGACUACGGUAACUUUUAUGCCUCCAAAUCCUUCUUUGACCCUAGCAAGAAUAGAAGAAUCUUGUGGGGUUGGGCAAAUGAAUCUGAUACCACUGAUAAUGAUAUCCAAAAGGGUUGGGCUGGUAUCCAGCUUAUCCCGCGCACAAUGGUGCUUCAUCCCAACGGCAAACAAUUGUUGCAAUGGCCUGUUGAGGAAUUAGAAAGUCUGAGAGGGAAGAAGGUGGAAUUGAGCAAUCAGAAGCUGGCCAAAGGAGAAAAGGUCGAAAUCAAAGGAAUAACUGCGGCACAGGCGGACGUGGGUCUUCUCCUUCCGUUCAACAGCUUGGACAAGGCUGAGCCUUUUGAUCCAAGCUGGGAUAGAUAUGAUGCACAAAAGCUUUGCAGCCAAAAGGGGUCAACAGUUGAAGGUGGAUUAGGACCAUUUGGGCUGUUGACAUUGGCUUCAGAAAACCUGGAGGAAUACACCCCCGUGUUCUUCAGAGUUUUCAAGGCACAAGACAAGAAGCACCUCGUCCUUAUGUGCUCAGAUGCAUCACGGUCCACACUAAUGAGUGGCAAGUCUUCGAUGAAGGAGGGGAAGGAUGCAUACAGACCAUCAUUCGCAGGAUUCGUAAACGUGGACUUGAAAGAUAAGAAGAUCUCUCUCAGGAGUUUGAUUGAUAAUUCUGUUGUGGAGAGCUUCGGGGCUGGAGGAAAGACUUGCAUUACAUCUCGGGUUUAUCCAACUCUAGCAAUUUAUGACAAAGCACAUCUGUACGCAUUCAACAAUGGGACUGAGACUGUUAGAAUUGAGAGUUUGAAGGCGUGGAGCAUGAAUGCCCCUAAGCAGAUGAACCACUAAUUCAUUAAGAGGCUCAGAGAUCAGAUAAAUGGAUGCAAUUAAGAGACCUAUUUUUCUUUUAGCUUCUUUUCCUCAAAUUUUCAGUCUUGUGUACAGACUUGUGAAUUCAUUGUUGUAACCUUCUCAACUUGUUGUAUCACAAUCAUCAGAAAAGAAGAAAAAUGUUGAGAUAAUGGGAUGGUCUCUUUUAUCUUAAA